AUGGCAGAGGGGUCGAUGGGAUCAGAAAACUCUGGUGGAUCUUUUGGAAACAAUGAGCUACUGCUGAAGUUCUUUAACUCAGCUCAUUUUACACUGUACACAAACAUCGAAUAUCUAGCUCGAUAUGCUAAUAACAUUGGAAUUCAUCAUUAUCUGUGCCAAAAACUACUGGCUUUCCCACACAAUGAACUACAGUUUUACAUCCCACAGCUGGUCCAACUUCUUCUUACAGUGGAGACCGAAUCUAUUGCUCUUGAAGAGUUACUGCUCCAACUAAGCGCCGAAAACCCACACUUUGCCCUUCUGACCUUUUGGCAAUUGCAGGCACUACUUGGAGACCUCUCCUUGGAUCCCUCAAGCUACGGGUUUCAAGUGGCACGCCGAGUAAUCAAUAAUUUGCAAAACGUUUUGUUUAAUCCCUCGAAGACUGCCUCCGUGAGCCUGAAAAUGCAUGAAAACGUAGCACCGGCCUUGGUUCUAUGUUCGAUGGUCAUGGGAUCGUGUAGUAUUCCUGUCAUUGCUGAGUCCACAAAGCCUUUGAUAGAGUCACAGGGGAAACGACAAAAAAGUUACGUCUUCAAACUUGCUAAAAAUGCAAUGAGGAACUUGACUAAAAAUCUAACUUUGAAGAAUACUCUGCUGAACCAAAAACGUAUAUCAUCCACUGGUAGUAGAAACGGUGAUGCUCAUGCGCCCGUAGACGUUGUUGAUGGAACCACAACGAGAGAAGAUACCCUAUUCAAAAAACCAAGAGAAAAGAGCAUUACUGCUUUGAAUUUCGAUAUGAUUGAUGAUGUUGGUGAAAAAAUGUUUCAAGAGCGAAUCUCAAAUUCCAUCAAGCAGCCAAAGCGUAAGCCCCGGACGCUGGAUCAAUCUUAUGUGCACAGAGUUUAUGGACAGUCUGCUCCCGCAGAGGCAUCGGAUUCAUUCUACGAAGAAGAUUAUACCAACUCUUUGCCUGAUUUGCACAAAAGUCAUCAAAAAGAUCCGUCAACAUCCUCACUUGUUUCUUUGAAAUCACAAAAUCAAGCGGAUUAUAGCAGUGGAAUCACAAACGUGUCAUCCGAUUCUAUGAGGCAUAAUAUCAUAAACGACAAAAUAGACCCAUCUCCAUCGAAAGGCAGGUUUUAUUCAGAGGCGCAUAGCGUGCAGCUUGAACACAUUCCAACUCCUAAAAAAAUUAGACUUCUGAAAUCAAAUUAUUUUAGAUGUGAGACACAAUUAGCAAUUGCUCUCGAAUCAAUCUCUCAGCGGCUCGCUCAAGUCCCAUCGGAAGCACGCUUGAGUGCUCUGCGAGCAGAACUUUUACUUCUGAAUAGAGAUUUACCAGCUGAAGUAGAUAUUCCGACUCUGCUACCCUCAAAUAAGAAAGGUAAGCUCCAUAAACUUGUGAAUAUAACAGCGAAUGAGGCGCAGGUGCUGAACUCUGCGGAAAAGGUUCCAUUUCUUCUUCUCAUAGAGUACCUAAGAGAUGAAAUGGAUUUCAACCCGAGCACCAGUGAGAAUGAGAGAGUUCUAAGAACGAAGCAAGGGGAUCAUAGUUUCAUUUUUGACCUGUCGUAUAUUUCAAAAGACACUAUUCCAAAUUCAGAGGUAGCAAGCGAAAGUGGAGAUCCUCAACACUCAACGAGGUCCUAUUCCGUCAAUAAGAAUUCCAUAGCUGCCGACGAGGAGAUAGACCUCGGAGACAUUUCUGUCGUGCAGUUAACAAAUCGUACUGAAGCUGAGACCUACAGGAGGGAGUUGCUGGUACAGACGGCCACAAAAGUUCCGGUAAUACCCGACGACUCGACUUCCAGGAACCCAGAGUUACAGUUCAUGAACAAUCUAGAGGAUAUUGAUACUGGUCUUGAAGGAAAAAAUAUAGAUGGACUCGGUGCAUCAUCCGCCGAGGAUCUGGCUACUCAGAUGCGUAUCUCUGCUGUGAUGUUGGCCCAGCUCGAUAAAUCUCCCCACCAGCUCCACGGUGCUACAAAUCAGAUUAGGGCAAAAAUCAUUGCGUCUAUGCAGGAGGUGCAGGAUCGGUUCGGUUUCCGUGAUUUAGAGUCCAUAAGUGGUAUGGCUGGCCAAAGAAAAUUAGAGAACGACAUGAAAACAGGAGGCCUACAAGGCACUAAAUUGGAUACAUCCUACUUAGGAGAAGAUUGGAACACGAAAAAGGAGAGGAUCAGGGCGAGAUCUGAGUAUGGAAAUCUUGAAAACUGGGAUUUAUGCUCAGUUAUUGCCAAAUCCGGUGACGAUUUGAGGCAGGAGGCAUUUGCGUGUCAAUUGAUUCAAGCCAUGGCUAAUAUAUGGGCUCGAGAGAAUGUUGGCGUCUGGGUAAAGAAGAUGAAAAUUCUUAUAACCAGUGCAAACACAGGAUUGGUAGAGACCAUCACCAACGCUCUUUCUGUGCAUAGCAUCAAAAAAUCAUUGACAAGUAAAAUGAUAGCGGACGGGGAGCUUAAUGAAAAGGGCCAAAUAGCAACUCUGAGAGACCAUUUUCUCCGUGCUUAUGGUGAUCCCAAUGGGUUUCGUUACAAGAGGGCUAGAGACAAUUUUUGCUCUAGUCUCGCAGCCUACUCCAUUAUAUGUUAUCUUUUGCAAGUGAAGGAUCGUCACAACGGCAACAUCAUGGUGGACAAUGAGGGACAUUUGGUCCACAUAGACUUUGGGUUCAUGCUAUCCAAUUCCCCUGGGUCUGUAGGUUUUGAGGCGGCUCCUUUUAAACUCACCUACGAGUACAUAGACCUAUUAGAUGGCAUUCACUCGGAGUCUUACCAAAAGUUUGUCCGGCUGACCAAACACGCUUUCCGCGCUCUACGAAAAUAUGCUGACCAAAUAGUGUCCAUGUGCGAGAUCAUGCAAAAAGAAAAUUCACAACCUUGUUUUAGUGCUGGAGAAAACACAAGUGAACAACUCAAACAGCGCUUCCAAUUAGAGCUGUCUGAUGCUGAGUGCGAUGACUUCGUGGAGAAUGUGUUAGUCGGGAAAUCUCUUGGAAGCAUUUAUACGAGGCUGUACGAUCAAUUCCAGUUAAUUUCACAGGGCAUAUAUUCGUGA